AUGCAACCGCAGUGCAUUAUUCCGUCCUGUAUUGCCGUGAAGGAAUAUGGAAAAAUUGGAAAUCGUGAUGCUAGACGCCUUGGUACUGGUCUUGAUGACCUCAACUUUUAUAUCGGCGAUGAAGCGAUCGCGGCUGACGGCAAGAAUGAUUUCUCCCUCAAGGCGAGUUUUUCUUCAUGGCCAAUUCGACAUGGCAUCAUUGAGGAUUGGGAUCUAAUGCAGCGAUUCAUGGAACAGGUGAUAUUCAAAGUCCUUCGCGCGGAACCCGAGGACCAUUACUUCUUGUUGACCGAGCCGCCACUAAAUACUCCGGAAAACCGGGAGUACCUCGCGGAAAUCAUGUUUGAGACCUUCAAUAUCCCCGGCCUCUACAUUGCCAUGCAGGCGACACUGGCUCUCAUCGCGUCGUGGGGUUCACGGUUGGACGGAAAACGCAGCCUCACGGGCACCGUUAUCGAUUCCGGUGACGGCGUGACCCACAUCAUUCCCGUGGUCGACGGCUACGUGGUUGGCUCCUGCAUCAAGCACAUCCCCAUCGCCGGCAGGGAUAUCACCUCGUUCAUCCAACAACUGCUGCGGGAACGCGAGACCGGCAUUCCGCCCGAGCUGAGCAUGGAGAUAGCGAAGAAGAUCAAGGAGACGUAUUGCUACGUUUGCCCAGAUUUGAGCAAGGAGUUCCAGAAGUACGACGCCGAACCCCAAAAGUGGCUCUGCACCAAGGAUGUGACGAAGCACCCAAAGUACCCGCCUGUAACUGUAGAUGUUGGCUAUGAACGCUUCCUGGGCCCUGAGGUAUUCUUCCACCCCGAGUUUGUGAAUCAGGAUUACACGAAGUCGGUGAGCUCUGUGGUUGAGGAGGUAAUCCAGAACUCACCAAUUGACGCUCGUCGUGGACUGUAUGCUAACAUCGUGCUCUCUGGAGGCAGUUCCAUGUUCAAGAACCUCGGUCGCCGUAUUCAGCGCGACAUCCAAGGCAUUGUGGACGCCCGUCUCAAGCUGACUGAGGAACUGACGCGCGGCCGAAUGAAGCCCACGCCAAUCGAGGUGAACGUGGUCUCCCACAAGAUGCAGCGCUACGCGGUCUGGUUCGGUGGAUCGCUUCUUGCCAGCACGCCCGAAUUCUACACCGCCUGUCACACACGCGCUCAGUACGAGGAGUACGGACCAUCGAUCUGUCGCCACAACCCUACCUUCGGUUCAUUGGUCUAG